CCACGACAUUGUUCUGCUUGUUUUGCCCUGCGUAGGUAUACCCAUACCACACAGUCGCAUACGACACCAGUGAUCGGGGCCGUACCGCGAUCUGCUACGGCUCAGAUCAGGCAGUAUCAUACCGUUGGCUUUCCGCGGCGGCUGCCGGUCGUCCUUUCUUGCGAGACUCUGCGCUUUUCUUCCCAAGGGCCAACAACAUGGCUUCUUCAACCCCGUUGGAGCAUGUUCGGAACGUUUGGGAGAAGAUGCAAGGGAACAGUCCGAUAUAUGACUUCCUACUCUCCGAUGCUAUAAUAGUCUCUGCAACCAAAGGCACCGUCAAAGCUCGCCUGACGCUCUCUAAAAAUCAUGUCAAUUCCAGAGGGACGAUCCACGGAGCUGUCAGUGCGACGAUAACUGACUGGAGUGGCGGUUUAGCAAUUGCUACUCAUGGACUUGAGAAGACAGGUGCGAGCAUUGACAUACAUGUCACGUACAUCGGCACUGCGCAGGUCGGGGACACCAUCGAGAUUGAAGCUACUGCCAACAAGGUCGGACGCUCUGUUGCUUUUACGACCAUCCGGAUAUACAAGCUUGUUGAUGGGAACCCCGGAUCAAUGGUUGCAACAGCUUCACAUACGAAGUACAUCCGAGAAGCUAAGUGAUAGACAACUUGAACGGGAACUACCUUAGUUUUGGAGCCGCAGUGUUUUUCUGGGCCUAUUUUUGUUAACGCUAUCUUCUUUGAGUCCAGCAUGAUAUUCACGCACUAUGAAUGCUUGGACUCACUCGGAUGGCGGAGAGAAGAUUGUCCUCUACGUUCAGCUUUAGAUACCUCCUGGUAGAUCAUCAUCUCUCGUUGGUAAUUGUGGAAGGACUACAUUAGAGAUUAAGAAUUUAGAAGAGUAUUUGAACAGCC